UCUAGGGAAAUUGAAACUGAGUUCAAGAGAGUUAAGCGGUUUGGUAGCAGGAGAGAAAAUGAAAGUGGAAAAAGAAGGAAUGAACAUGUUAUUUUAACUCUGAAUUAGUUUAAACGCAGCGGAUACUAAGCUGGCGAUUGAGAUCCUGUUGGCGGUCGGGAGAAGCUGGCUGUGCACCGUACUCGAGGAUGAGCACACGACUUGGUGGGCCGAUCAGCUUCGUUUAUGGACUUCCAGUGUAGUUCGUCGUUUUCGUGCCCACCACACCUGACGUGAACAGUUCAGGGUUGAAGGGAGCAGGAGCUAUACUGGCAGAAACAGAUACAAGGCUGGGAGCAUCAGGGGGAGCAUACCAGUCUAUUAAAGGAGCUUUGAAAAAACCACUGCAAAAGAUAUUUCAGCAUGGAUGGAACAAACUAUAUUAGUGCUCUUAAUGAACACCAACAGAGACAUAAUUUAUCAUUAGUAUAUAAAGAGGUUUCCAUAGAUGGUCCAGAUCACAACCGCAUGUUUACAUAUCAAGUGAUCCUUGGUGAAACAAGUUAUCCUAAAGCUUCUGGUAAAAAUAAGAAAGAGGCAAAGCAAAAUGCAGCCAAGGUGGCCUAUGAGAUAUUAAAGAAACAAGGGUCAACCAGUGAUUUGUCAGUGACUGGAACGCAAAUAAAUUUACCCCCAACAUCACCCACAGAUGUAAACUACAUAGGGUGGCUUAAUAAUUACGGUCAGCAGCAUCGUUUAGAUGUCCGGACUAUAGAAAAGGGUUUACCUGGACCUGCUCAUUUGCCACAGUUUUCCUGUCAGUUCAAAAUUGGAGAUCGAGAAUUUGGUGCAGCAACUGGAAAAAAUAAAAAGGAAGCAAAAAAAGAAGCUGCGAAGCUUGCAUAUGAUGAACUUGUAGAUGAAAGUAGUGUCCAGACAGAAGACAAGUCAAAAAGUGAGAUUAAAUGCAGUCCUGAUUCUAGACUGUCCUUAGGCUCUUGCUCUUCUGAGACGGGAAAUCAAGCAAAUGGUGAAAGCAAAUCAUCCCUUGAAAAAAGUGAGGUUUUCAGUCAAGAUGAUGACACCAGUUGUGAUGCAAACCAUAUUGGAAAAUUGAAUGAAAUGUGCCAGAAAAAUAGCUGGGUGCAUGAUUUUAAGUUAAUUAAAAGUGGACCUCCACAUGAUCCAGAAUUUUCUUGCUAUGUUACAAUUAAUGGAAAACAGUUUUCUGAAGCAAAGGGAAAGACCAGUAAAGAUGCAAAGCAAAAGGCAGCAAAGUUGGCUCUGACAGAAUGUUGCUCUUCACCUAAGUCUUCUGAAACCCAUAGCAGCAGUUUAUCUUCUUCUACAGAUUCAUGCUCCAAACAAGAAACAGAGAGUUUUAAAACUGAGGACAAUGAUGACUUCAUUGUGUUCAAGGACAGCAGUCCUAGCCCUAAAGCUUCUGUAGCCAUUUCACCUUCACUGACACCUGUUCGGAGGAGUCCAGAUGAAUGUAAACAGAGAAGUAAAAUAGUGUUGGCACCAACAUUUGCCCAUGGAAAUGAAGCAAUCCACCCAAAAACAAAUUUACAGGAAAAAAACACCUUCAAUGAAGGACCCAAGUCUUCCAUUGUACCAGAGCUUUCAGGAUUUGAUCAAUUAAGCCAUCUUGAUAAAGGAGGCUUUGGAUAUGUUUGGAAAGCAAGAAAGAUUUUGGAAAACAAAUUUUAUGCAGUUAAAAGAGUGAAGUAUAAUGAUAAAGCCAAACGUGAAGUUGAAGCUUUAGCACAUCUGGACCAUAAAAAUAUUGUUCGAUAUUUUACAUCUUGGGUAUCUAAAGAAUUUCCAAGCAACUUUCCGGAGACAUCGACAAGUUCCAGUAGCUCAAGCAGUUCAGAUCCCAAGACAAAAAAGAAAUAUCUGUAUAUUCAAAUGAAAUUAUAUGAAAAAGGAAAUUUAGAAACUUGGAUGGAUAAAAAUAAGAGAAGCAAAAUUCAGGCUAUGCACAUGUUUGCACAGAUUGUCGAAGGAGUUGAACAUAUUCAUUCGAGUAAUCUAAUUCAUAGAGAUUUAAAGCCAAAAAAUAUAUUUAUAGGCGAUGAUGACACAGUAAAAAUUGGAGAUUUUGGAUUAGCAUGCACAACAAGCAGUGACGAUGAUAACGCCUUAAUUGAACGCACAAAACGCACCGGAACAGUCUCAUAUAUGAGUCCUGAACAGAAGAAGAACCUAUCGAACUAUGGGAAUGAAGUAGACAUUUUCUCACUUGGACUUAUUUUCUUUGAACUCCUAUGGCCAGUAACAACAAAGACUGAAAUGUCUAAGAUUUGGCCAGAUGUAAGAGAAGGACAUUUCCCUGAACCAUUUUGUAAUGAGCAUGGCCAAGAACGUUUACUUAUUAGAGCGAUGCUUUCAGAAGAUCCAAAAAACCGACCAACAGCAAAACAUCUUUCCAAUCGAAUGGGCAAAAUGAUAGAAAACAAUUCUCACAGUUCAAAUACUGUAUAGGAGACAUCUGUGAAGACAUGGGAGAGACUGUAUAGCUUCAUAUGUUGGAUUCUAAACAAAUGUAUAUCCUUCUGGAACUUAGUGGACUCCGUUUCUUGCGGUCUGAAAAGAGGCAAAAGUCAGGGGGGUGUGCUUUAAGGUAGCCUUAUGAAGGCAACAGUUACCCAAGUGCAAACAUUUUUUAUAGACCUUUUACAGUCUUUUAAACAUUAGCCAUCAUGGCAACCUCUUAUUCUUCAGACUCGGUCUUAGGAAAUGGAAUUGCAAAAGGCAUUUCUAAAUACUCCCAAUGUGAGCUCGCUUGUUUGUCGUUUACUUCUAUUCCGCAAUAUAUGAUCACAUUUAAUGUGGGAAAUAUCAGCUAAAAUUUUUUUCUUGAUGAAGUAAUCAUGGGUCAUAAUACUGUUUUUAUAGUUUUAAUUGUGUAAAUUGGAAAUGAAAAUCAGGUCUCUGAGAGUUUGAUGUCAAAUAUGCUUAAUCUAUAAUGUAAAUGAAAUUAGUUUUAAGUUAUGUUUGCACUUGUCACAAAUGAAUGUCUUCAACAAGAUCAAGUGUUCUGUUUAAAAAAACGAUUAUUGCACGCAAUUGCACCAAGCUACGGCUUAACCAUGUCGAUCCCCACUCUCAUUUAGAUGCAUAACUGACUUGAGUUCCCUACCAAGUUACAUUUAGAGACGGAGGAAAUCCCUGGAAAGAGAAGUGUCAUAAGAAAAAUUGCUGAACAUUAACUGCACAUCCAGUCCAGCGUACUGUUUUUUACUGGGUUAUAGCAUGUUGGAAACUAUUAACUCUCUAACUGUUAACAUCUUGAAAGAUUACCACAAACUGCGAAAGAAGGCGCAGCAUGUAGAGUGAUUUUACGGGAGUAUGCUUUUAUGGGGUCUUUUCUAUGUAUGUUGUCACAAAGUACUAAACAGUGACUCUUCUAAACAUACUAGCUUGAUGUCACAGUUGAGAUGUGUUAAAUAGAAACCAAGUCUGUGCUCCAGAGGUCUGAAGCAUCUACAUUGUGUGGUUUUUCUGCUAAACAAUUGUCGACUUUUAGUUUGAGUCUUGGGUGAAGUAUGAAAAAGCAGCAUGAAGCUGCGUUAAAGCACUUUAUUUAAUAAAUUGUGCCUUUUGUCGACAGAUGAGUGGCAUCCUAUGUAAUGGGUAAUGGGCUUAAAGGAAUAGUCCACCCGAAAAUAUUUUAUUUUAUAUGUAUUCUAUAUGCUUUGUAGGGAUUGCUGAGAAAAAAUUUUAAUCUCAUGUUUUCAUGCAGAACAGCAGUAACAAAGCUUAUGGUUUAACGGAAGUAGGCAGUCACCAACGCUGGACAACAGCAAAAAAAUGUCAAAAGUCCAUAGGGAAAAAUCUCCAGUUACUCUUUUUUGUUUUUUUUAGUUAUAUACACCAAAACGUGGAAAAAGCAAGCAUUUUUUGCUUAAAUAUUGUUACAUCGAUUCCUCUGGUAAAACAAAAGCAGCCCACAACUUGUAAGCCCUUUCACAUGAAGUUGUGCUUUUCAGUUGAAGACCUUCCUCUCACUACACUAAUCAAGAAUCCUGUCUUCAGUUCAAAAGUGUGACCCCUGUGUGAAAGGAGUGUGGGCUUCUUUCAUUCUACCAGAACAGGGGUCCUCAAUCACAGUCCUGGAGGGCUGCAGUGGCUGCAGGUUUUUGUUCUAAAAUUUCAUGGCUUGUUAGUGCUUUAACUGUGCUAUGUCAGGUAAUUCUUAUAUUCUGGAUUUUCUUUCCCUUUCUAAGGAUAUCAUCCAAAUGACUUGAAGGCUAAAAUGGAUGAGUAAUUCUCAGUCCUUCACUUUUUCCUCUUCAAUUUCCUUCCAAGUAUUUAAUUUAACCCAAUAGUGCAUGAUAAAUACACACGAGUGGAAAUGGUAACAAGCUAAAUGGAGACAUUCUCGUCUCUUUUGUCAUUUGCAUGUUAUUGCUAAUUAGGAGCAAUUAAAAGCCAAGAAUAUGGCUGUUUAAGACUAAAAUAAGCAGUAAGGGUUCAAAAUCUUAACGAGCGAGACAACUAAAGUGAAACAGAAGUGUUACUUGAGCAAUAAGUGCUUCUUAUUAAGCAUUUGGGUUGGAGCAAAAACCUGCAGCCACUGCUGCCCUCCAGGACUGUGUCUGAGGACCCCCGUACCUGAGGAAUUGAUUUUUCAGUAUUAUUAUGUAACAUAAGUAACAGAAGAUUUUUUGUUUGAUCCAGUAUUGGUUGCCACUCUCUUCUAUUAAAAAGCAUAAGCUUUGACAAAUAACGUUUAAAAAAAAAAAAAAAAGACUAUUUUUCACUGGAUAUUCCUUUAAGGAAGGCAGUUACUUCUGUGUCAUUUGAAGAAAAGCGAAAGAUGUGCAGUCCAAAUGAAUCCUAGCCUCAGUGUCUUUGAAUCAUGUAAGCAGUCCCACUGUAUUUGCUAACGUGUGUAAAAUUUGACAAGAGUGGACGCAGAUCACUGAAGUAAUAAAUUGUCAGAUAUCAUUGAG